UAAAAUUCAUUGUCCCCGAUCCACUUUGCUCGUCGGAUCCAGUGAACAACCGGUACGAGCGGUAGAAUUAUCUAUCGACACGAAUAUAUUUUACGAACAGAAUCGUAGUCAUUUUAUCGACAUAUCUCUAUACGUAUCACGCAUAAACGUUACAGGACGAUCGACAAUUCGUACCGUCUCUCUUUCGUUGUACCAAAUCAAACGAUCGGAGUGAAACCGCUCGCACACUUUCCAUUAGUUCACUCGUCUCUGGCACUGUCGGAUAUCUCGCGCCAAAUCGAACGCUCCUACGCUCCUUCCCGCGAUCGACGUUACACGUAACAUGUUUAACGUUUAAAAAUCGCGUGACCAGAUCAAGUCACCCCGCCGGCGAAAGAAUCUUUCGACGAAGAAGCACUUGUACGAGAACGCUUACCCGUGAGACGUGUAAAGUCAGCCUACGUGUCGUUUCUUAAAUUCUCGUUAAAAACGUUGCGUUCUGUGUGAAAAUCCGCGGUCUAGCAAUGAGCCGAAGAUGCGAUGUCAGAACGCGAAAAAACAAUGCGUUUUCCCAGCAGGGGAAAUUUCCCGGUUUCCUAAUCGAUCGACGACGAGAGAGCGUAGUGCACGCGAUACAUACAUAGCGUUGCCAGGAGUUUCGUUCGGAUCCGGUCACGGUUCACGAAAGUACCGGUCGUCGAAAGAAGCCGGAGUGACCGUUCGACGAAACUGACGUCCGUCGAGAGAAGAUGCGACAAAAGAUACUCGUCCAAUUUCUUUCCCUACGCGUAAAGACGGUGGGAAGGCCGACGCGUACACGGGUACGCGGUUCAUCUCCGCCGGACUGUACGUAACAGACGACGCGCAACGAGUAAGCCUUUCGACGAGAGUCGCGAGUACGAAAUCUCAUUGUUCGUACAGAGAGAUCCGUGCACGAAUCUCGGCCGACGAGCACGGCGAGAAACGAGGCCAACACCGGUAUUCUUUUAUGCCGAUGCGUAAUUCCGAUCCGAUCUUCGCGGCGCCGCUACUUUUGCGCUCCGUUAAACGGCUUCGAAACGUUUCGUCGAUUUUGUAAUAGCUUAUCGACGACGUGCUACGGGUUGCAGACACAGACAUUUCUCACGUGUCACCGGUUCCAAAUUAUCAGCACGAUGCGCGUGUAUGUGCGGUGACCGAAAUGCGGACGAUCCAGAACAACCGAAUUCGACGCGUAGAACUCCAAGUCCGACGAUCGAUAUCGAUCGACGUCGAAUGGAUCGUCGGGCGAAAAACAAUUUUUGAAAGAGCAGAUCGAAGGUCGGACGAUGUUCAUGACCGCUUCGAUCUCUCUUCGCGAACUUUCGUUCUCUCUGUGCAUGAAUAAAACAUUGUCCCGAUCGGACGGUAAUGAUCGAGAACGAUGCGAGACGUCGCGUCGUCGACGAGAGAGAUGGAUACGUAGAAUUAACGAUGAUCGAGGAACACAAUGCAGCUGAGCUCGCGUUCGAAUCGUGCUUCCUGGUUUCACUCGAUUGUCGUUGAAAACAGUACGGAAGGAAGACGCGUUCAUGCUCUGUUUCAGCGGCUCGAAUUCACUGAGUUUCUACAGGAUACAAGUACUCCGGUCUUCGGGAGAUAUUUUAAUGAUCCCGGCACACAGAGAGCAAUGUCACUUUUCGAGAUAUCGGCUGUACUGUUGGUGGCUCUCUCGACGAUCGCUCACGCUCGCACGGACAUCGGUAACUGGGAAGCUUGUGGUGGACGAUUGGAGCGGGCCCUGGACGCGCUCCACAGGGAAUCGAGUAGGAGGAACAGACUGGAAGAACAGGAGGCAGGCACGUUCUAUCAGCAGGAGCUCCGUUCAGCGCCACUUGACAUGUCGGUCUCGCGGAUCGCUGUUAAACUUCCGCAGGGGGCCAGAGACACCGGGAGUCCAUGGGCAAGGGUCGAGAAAUGCGUUUACGAGCCCGGGAACGACUCGCUUCGAACUCGAGUGACCUUCAACGAUCUGUCCGUCUCCGGUCUGAUCUCGUUGAUGCCACGGGAUCAUCAGCCACCGAUACCAGCCGAGUCCUGUAGGAUGACGUUGAGACUGAGACGUGCGGGGGUCGAUUUCCUCACAAGUCCGAUCGCUCGCGGCAGGGGACAGAUGCGCAUCAGAACGGAGUCCAGUUUUCUGGAGCCGAGGUUCGCCUCCAUUUACGCUUACGGUUGCCACCCGACUCGCUCGGACAAACAGAUCAAGAGACAGGAUAAAUGGCCACCGUUUUAUCCACCUCGGGACGAGUACACGGUGUUGCCGGUGACAUCCGACGGACGGUACGAAGCAGCGGAACCGCGGCAGCUCGCGGGCAUUUCGAAGGAAGUGGACGUCGUAAUUCCGGACGAAAGUCAUCAGCCCCGGAGUUUCCCGAGCUCUUCGACCGCGAAGCUGGGCAUUUGGCGGAAAAACGUUUGGCUGACGAAGAACGCGCCACGGGAGAAGCGAGACAUCGUCGAGUUCGACGUCGACAGCUUUCUAGGAUCUUUCGAAAACGGCCGGGAAGUCGACGAUCGUCCGGCGAGGGUCGCGAGAUCGCCGGAAACGAUCUCGUCGCAAAAUCUCGCUAUCGCGUCGACGAGUAAGCAGGCAAACGGGAACGGAACCGGGAAUUGUACCGAGCGACACGGGCAAAACGGCUUGAACAACGUGACGAACAUCGUUCUAGGCGACUCGAACAAUGGCGAGGUGAAGGUGAACGUUAAGAGGGACUAUCCGAUAACGGAGAACGACGCACCGAGAGAGAUGAGACGUCUGUACGUCGAUGAAACGUUGGACAACGUUUUUCCCGUCGACACGGACAGCGACGGUCGAAGCUGGCAGUCGAAGGAACACAUCGCCAAAGAGAUGGAAGAUGUGUUUUUACGAGGCGCCAGCCAAGCCUUGACCCGAUACAUCGAGAGGCAGCUGCAUCCUGCUAUCAAAGAGACUCUGAUGAUCUCGAUGGGAUACACGAUAAGUUACGGAUAACGGAUGCCUCGUCUUCUCGUCCCGGUCGUUCGCUCGAGAUAGAUGAUUAGGUUCAUGAAUAAAUUACUUUACAAGGUUUAAAUGUACGAAACGCUGUCGAGUAAAAAGUU